GAAGACGAGUAGGCGGAUGAUGACGAGGAAGACGAUACGUCAGCCAACGCCAUUUUGUUUGAGCAGCGCAGCAGCAAAGUACUUCAAAGCCCAAGAAAAGGUGAGCCAAAAUGGGACAGUUCUUUAGCCUGUUUAAAGGACUAUUUAGCAAGAAAGAGAUGAGGAUCCUGAUGGUAGGGCUGGAUGCUGCUGGAAAGACCACCAUCCUGUACAAACUCAAACUAGGAGAAAUUGUUACCACAAUUCCCACCAUCGGUUUUAAUGUUGAGACAGUAGAGUACAGGAACAUCAGUUUUACAGUGUGGGACGUCGGUGGUCAGGACAAGAUCAGGCCACUCUGGAGGCAUUACUUUCAAAACACACAAGGCCUUAUCUUCGUCGUGGACAGUAAUGACAGGGAGCGAAUCGGUGAGGCGAGAGAGGAGCUGAUGCGAAUGCUGGCUGAGGACGAGCUGAGAGACGCCCUGCUGCUUGUCUUUGCCAACAAACAGGACCUGCCCAAUGCCUUGAAUGCAGCUGAGAUUACAACCAAACUGGGCCUGCACGACCUCACCCGGCGGAACUGGUUUAUACAGGCCACAUGCGCCACAGGUGGAGAUGGUCUCUACGAGGGUUUGGAGUGGCUUUCAAACCAGCUCAAGAACAUAAAAUGAUACAUCACUACUCCUUGUCCUGUCUGUCACCUCUGUCUGCAGUGUAAUAGGAGACUACACUGGUCCUGGUCUGUCUCACCCCUCUCUUUUCUCCUCUGUUCUCCUUAAAAGUCCGACCGGGCCACCCUGCAUUGGUGUACUGUAGUGGUAUGUUUGGAUGAAUGAAAGAAUGUGCGUGUGUUUGUAUGCAUGAGCAGAGUGGGAGCAGCCCUGUGGUGGUGCCUUGAACAGAGUUAACGCCGACACCUCCUCUCUUCAGGGUCGGCACAUCCAAAGGUACUGUUGUUUACAAAGCAAAGGACGAAGGGAUCUGUCAAGGACAUUUGAUGUAAAAAAACAUGCGCUAGUGGCAUUAAGACCUUAAUAACUGGUAAUUCACCCUGCCAAGACACAGCCUACUACAGAGUGUCACUUCACAUUAUUUUGAAAACUGUUUUUUGCAUGUUGGCAGCAAACACUGGAUGCUUGUUGGUUCUUUCUUAUAAUUAGGAUCUUCAGAGUUUCUUUCUGAAUUGUUAAGUCCAUAUCCCAUAGGUCACAAUAAUAGUCAGGAUGUUCUGUUCCAGAUGUUUUUACAUUUGUUGAACCAUUUUAAAUCCAGUUCAGUCCCACUUCCCUGACCCUGAUAUUUCAUCUCAGGCUCUACACAGGUUUAUAAGGAUGCAUCAUGGCUGUAUCCACAAAAGGCAAGAAAAGUUUUGACUGUGUGUAUUGAGUGUAGUUAGAGCAUCAUUGGUGGAUUUGUGUUUCCUGUGUAGGUUUCAGCUACAUUCACGCCAUUGGAACAACGAGGCCUUUUUUUAGAGCUGCUCCCACUCUGGUUUAUUAUUUACUGGUGGUCUUAUAUUCUCUUGUAUUUAGUUAUUUUGGUUAGGGGUUGUUUUCUAUUAUAUUUGAUUGUUUUUUAUGUUGGUGUUUCAUGUAACCUGGUUUACUUUAGCGUGAGCUGACGUGCCAGGUGUGCCGUCUUUUUUUGAAUAAAAUGUUUUCGGGACCAAUUGGUUGGAUUCAGGAUUGGCUCAUUGUGUGUUGGUGUUGGGAUUUGCCUCCAGAGAGUAAAGUCUCAUCCUCGGAUGUUUCCCAGAGGGCAGGCGCACACUCUUAACCAACUUGUUAGUGCCGUGAUAAUACAUUACAGUUGAAUGGGAAGCAUGUAGUGCGACCUGCUUUAUAAAUCAGCACUGUAAAUGCCUCUUGAAUGCUUCAGGCAAUAUAUUCCCUGCAUGUACCCAGGGCACUUCCUCUGUUGUUAUUUACACUAUGUCCCUCUGAUGCCGUUUGCAGAAUAUUCAUCAGCAUUAGCCACAGACAACUAGAAGGUAGUUAAACAGGGCUAACACCUCAUCUUGUCAUAUUAAGAAGGAAUCAGUUGAUUUCAGUAAUUAUCAAGAUGAACGGCACAUUAAAGAAGGAUUUUUGCUCCUGAGUGAAGGUUGUGGUUUAAAACUUUUCUUCAUGAGCAGAGAAUGACAAACACCUGAUGAAUCUGAGGUACAUCAGUUAUGUGUUAUACCACCUCUCUGUACUUAAACCGUGCACUAACAUUAUUUUGAAAUACAUUGGAAUGUUGUUAUAUAAAUAAUAAAAAAAUAAUAUUCUAAUAAUUAUUUAUAUUGAUUUAAUGCCCUAGGAGGUAAUAACCAUCCCCAUUACUUAUCACCAGCAGACAGUUAAAAUGUACUAGUGAGAAUGUUACAACAGUUCAACCAGCCAUCAAACAGGCUCCUUUACAUCCAUUGAUUCCAAAUCUUUCUGCAGUUAUUAAGAAAUCAACCAUGCACACCCAUAACAAAGUGAAGAUGACUAUAUGGUUGUAUCAUCACACUGACCUCAAGGGAAAUACAUUUUCCAGUUUUUGUUUUUCUACAUCUGGAUGUUUCUUGGAAAGUUUGUGUAACUGAAGACUAAUCCUUGCUGGCUUUUUUCCCCAUCUUUACAUUCUGGUGUUUCCUAAACAUCUGUCGGUGUGUUGGAUAAUCUGGUACUCAGCAAGAAAUACAAAUGUAUAUUCUGUUCUUUUUUUUCCAUCUUGUCAACAGCUGAUAAAUGCACUAUAAUAAAUAAUUAUCUAUUGUA